GGACACUUGUCGAUCGUCAUCGCCACACGAACAAUGGCCCAGGAACGCGAAGAAUUCGUUGCUGUGUGCGGCAAGCUCAAGCUGGAGGUGCUGGAGCUGCUGCGCACCAAGCACCAGCUGCCCCAGGAGGCUCUGGACUGGGUGGACGAAGUGGUGGAGUACAACUGCAUCGGCGGCAAGCUCAACCGCGGCAUCAGCGUCGUGCACUGCACGCAGGCCAUGGCCCCCGGCAAGGUCCUCACUUCGGAGAUGAAAGAGAAGGCCAGCGUUCUGGGAUGGUGCAUUGAGUGGCUCCAAGCGUUCUUCCUCGUGGCCGACGACAUCAUGGACGAGUCGAUCACUCGCCGUGGCCAGCCGUGCUGGUACCGCAAGCCCAACGUCAAGAUGAUCGCCAUCAACGACGCCUUCUUGCUCGAGGCGUUCGUCUUCCAGAUCCUCAAGAAGCACUUCCGCUCGGAGCCGUACUACCUGGAUCUGGUUGACACUUUCCACGAUGUUGUCUUCCACACGGAGAUUGGCCAGCUGCUGGAUCUGACGUCGCAGCCUCUGGAUGGCGAUGUGGACCUCGACCGCUUCACUGUUGAGCGCUACCGUCAGAUUGUGAUCAACAAGACGGCCUACUACACGUUUUACCUGUCGGCUGCGUGUGCCAUGUUCCUGAACGGGGUUGUCGAUGAGCCUUCGCACAACCUGGCCAAGAAGAUCUGCGUGCAGAUCGGCGAGUACUUCCAGAUCCAGGAUGAUUUCCUCGACUGCUAUGGCGACGAGAAUGUAAUUGGCAAGGUUGGCACCGAUAUCCAGGACAACAAGUGCAGCUGGCUGGUUGUUCAGGCGCUCGACCGCGCCACCCCUGAGCAGAGGGAGACGCUCAAGACGAACUACGGUCGCAACGACUCUGACGCCAUCGCGGCCGUCAAGAAGCUAUACAAUGAGCUGGAUCUCGCCGCGGUUUACCACCGUUACGAGGAUGAGACGUACAAGACGCUGUCCGAGGAGAUCGCGCAGGUGACGAUGAUGCCGUCGGAGGUGUUCACGCUGCUGGUUAGCAAGAUCUUCAAGCGCAACAAGUAA